ACAGAGCUUCUCAGAACUGGGGUAACAUAUCAUUGCAAAGACACCAUGAUUGGAUCUCCAGACUUGCUGGCUUUUACCACUGAGACUGAUUUUAGUGAAACAUCUACAUCUAAGGAUCUUCCGGAGGAAUUCUCAGUCCAUUACUCAGAGCACGUCUCGCCUUGGUCCAAGCCGUCCACAGUCAGAUUCAAUAGAGACUUUAUUCUAAUAUCAGAAUUCUCGGAGCAGGUUGGUCCCCAGCCACUGCUAACCAUCCCCGAUGAAACCAAGUCACACGGGUCGUUCGAUCUGAACCAGUUCUCGGUCAGGAUCAUGUCUGUGGAUUAUCAGACGGUGCUCGCCGGUCCUAGCGGUUGUGGACACCCUAAGCUGAACUUUGUCGAAGACUCUGCCGUGGUGCUAGAGUAUUCUCAAGAAGGAGCCUUCGCUUACGUGCACUACAUGACGCUGUAUGACCUCGAGGCUCGCGGGUUCGUCCGGCCGUUCUGCAUGGCCUACGUGUGCUCGGAGGAGAGCAAAAUUAUGCGUAGUUUUCGCCGGCUGUCGGGAGAGUUCUCCAGGGCGUCCGAGUGCCUGAAGACUGGAAAUCGGAAAAACUUCGCCAACGAAAUUGACAGAAGGCUGGCAGACCUGGAGUAUACCAGAUUAGUAUUGCUGAGAGAGCUAGAACAAGACAGGAUACGCAACUGCACUGGUCACGAGAGAGAUGUAGAAGUGGAAGCGAUGAAUAAGGAAGUAAGCCUUGGAUUACUGCCGAACACAAAGGAAUAUAAACCCAAAAAUAAAGUAGAGAUAAAUAACGGCAGCUCAGGGUUUGAUGACUGUGAAAAAGAAGAUAGCGACCUGGUUCUGCCGAGCACUCGAACUAACAAAACAGAGGAAAAACUGGAAGGAUUUGAGAACCUAAAGGAAACAAAGGAGGGUCAGAACGCAACAUGUCAGUCAGUCAUGAGUUCUGAUAGAGCCGCUGAGCUGGCGAGUUUAGAGAAAGCCAUCCAGGAACACAGAAGUCUUUUAAAGCAAGUCACAUCCUUUCCGAACAGAAAGCUCAGAAACCAGACGUUCUUGCCGUACGACUCAGACGAUGCGCCUCUUUCUCUGGAGUCACAUUUGGACUUCGACAUACAGCACGUCCGAACUCCAGAGUCGGUGGUGGAGUGCGGCUUUGGCUCACAGACGUGCUCGCACACUCCGCGUCUGGUUAGUUCAAACUCAUGCCGGCGCUUUGACAAGAGUCUGAAGGGUUUAGAAGAGCUCUGUGAUGACUACUUCCUACAGCAGACCUUAAAGCAACUGCGCUGUACUGAAAAGAGUUUCCGUGGCGAUGCCAGCUUCCUCCUUUCGCAGGAAUUGACCCAAAACUUUCUCCAUCGCCUCGAUUCCACCAACUUUCUCUUCGAAUAUCCGUCCAACCCGGAGCGCGAAAGUGUGCAUCAGUCAGCCCGAUUACAAACCCAGUCUGCGCCAUUUGUUCCCGCGAGUCUGGAGUCGUACACGUCCUGUGUGGAAACCGUGCCGAUCAAGCUCGGGAACGAAAGGUCUCCGGUCGAGCCCAGCGUCCUUCUGACAUUCCCGUGCGAUGACCAGCCAUUAACACCAGUCCACCCUAACUGUGAGAAGGACGAGACCGUUCCGGUGCAGAUGAAGGACAGCGUGAGCAGCGGGGAAAGUAUCGAGGUCCUGGGAACGGAAAAGUCCUUCAGGACGCAAGACUUUCAUUACACCAUGGACACGGUUCCGCAAAGGCCAGUGUGUUCUCCUGCUACUGUCGAAGUUCGGAAACGGAGGGUGACCACUCGCCGAGAGAACAGCGAAGACAGCAUCGAGGUUCUCAGCACUACAGACUCUAUAAUACCUGAUGAUCUGAGGGCCUCCUACUUCUCUGCUAUUCACGAAGAGACCCAGGAUCAUCAAGAACAGGAAGACGAAUCUUUGGAGAAGUGUUUGUGCGGUACCGAAGGCGCCAUUCCAGCCGAGGGCCAAGAUGAAUCCCAGGACUUCCAGAUCCCCCCUAUCAUCAUCAACUCACCAGAUCCUGAUCUGAACUUUGAUCUCAACUACCUGGACUUUCGUACCAUUGGUACCCCUCUCUCUAUCAGUCGGGCAAACUCUCUCCAACCUGCCCAAGAUAAUCACUUGGAAUGCACCAGCUUUCACAGCCUCGCCUCCACAGUCUCAGAUCUCGCGUCCUUUCACGGUCUUGAUGGAAAGACGAAUGCAGGCAGGAGCAGGCGAGCGCGAGCCAAAUUAGGACGGGCCAUGCUGCAUUUCCUCCGCCGGUUCCCGUUCGCGGCGCAUGCCGUGUACAGCCUGCUGAGUGGCAGAACUUUGGUGGUGAUGGGCAGUGAGGAGGCUGAGGUCAGACGUUGGGUCACAGCGCUCAGUAUCUAUACACCUCAGCUGGGCAGGAACAGAAAUAGCAUCCAGCCCUGGACGUCAGAACCUCUGCAGAUUACUGACCUGCUGACCUGGAAACUUAUUGGCUUUAAUAGAAUGGCUUCCUCAUCCUCCAGCACGCCUGCCUGCCUCGUCCGCUACGGCCGGUACGUCAGCGUACUGGACGUAGACCAACGAACUCUGCGAUGUCCGGCCUACAGAGGUUCCUUGAUCUGUCCCUUGGUGGAGCCGAGGGUCCAGAUCAUGGGUGGCACCUCCUACUUCCUGUACGCCCAGAGCGUGAUCAGUGAACUCGUAUCCCGAGCGUUCGUCCUCGCGUUCUCUCACGACCUUCAGAAAGCCAGCGACCCCGCCCAGAAGGACAGGGCGUGUCGGUUCCUCGUUCAGUUCCACAAUGACGACCUGAAGAUCCUCCACUUCUUCUCCGACCUCGUUACACGUCACGUUACAGGAACCCCGUCUACGUUACUCCGAUUUAGCUACAGCGCCAACACUGUGUUCAAACUCUGACCCGGAAACUACAGUCGCACUGCAGCCCAAGUCCUUAUUUAAAAGCCAAUUGCUCCUUGGUAUAUGGACACCAUUUCAGAAUGUUCAGCCACACCCAUUACAAACAA